UUUCUUCUUCCAAAGAUGCCCAAACUUUCCUCACUACUACUACUAGUCUACUACUACUACUAAGGCAAUGAGGAGUUGGAAAUUCGAACAAAAUUGCGCAUCAACCCCUGUAAAAACCCUCGUUGUUUUCUACUACUUCCAAUAAUUCCUAAAAUUUCUUCCACCAUUUUCAACUUUCAACCCUUUUUUCUUCACUUUCUCUCUCCUCCAACUACACACUCUCUUUCAUCACUUCCAAUUGCAGAGAAAUUCCGACCUUCGAAGCUCCGUCAACAAUGGCGGAUGAAGAGAAAUCGGAAACUACCGCCGACAAUAGCGUCGGUAAGAAAAAGCGUUUAGAUAUCGAUUUUACGGAGCUUUUAAGCGCCGAUGAUGAUAAAGCAGUGGCGAAGAUUGUUGUUGUGUCGGCUAAUCGACGGCGAAGAUUGCCGGAAAAGGAGAAGGAUUCGUCGGAUAAUGAUUCUUGUGGUGUGGAAGAUUUAUCGUUUAAGUCUGAUCAUGAAUUGGAGAGUAUGAUUGAUAGAACUUCUAAGAGUUUUUCUACAUUAUCAGCUAAAUUGAAUGAUAAAGGUGCUAAACUUAAGGCUAAAAUGGAGUUGUGGCAGGGCGAAUUGGACCGUCGCCGCCAUCGCCGUGAACAAGAGGUGGCUCAUGGAUGCAAGAAGCCAGUGUACUCUGGGAGUUCGAAUAUUAAUGGUGCUUUAGGUGGACCGCAAGCAUCUCAAUCCUCUGCAAUGUCACCGUUUGCCUCCUCCUUUAUAAAGAAGUUGGAAGAGGAUAAUCCAAAACUGGAACAGAAUACCAGCAAUCAAGCAAGUAAUGCAUUUGACUGUGAAAUUUCACAUUUGAAUCGCUGUGACAAGUCGAAAAGGAAGUCAGCUGAGAAGUUACCACAAAGCAAAAAAGCAAAACCCGGGAUGUUGUCAAAAGAAUUUGCUGCAUGGAAUCCUGGCGAUCGUUCUUCUCGCAAAGGUGGAAAAUUUAUGCGUUUGAAUGGAAAGCUGGCUGGCAAGAAUUCUUCAACUGUCUCUCUUCCUCAUAUAAGGGAGAAGAUAGCUAGCUUAUUUGGUGACAAUGAUGAUUCUCAAGCUCUGAAUUCAAAUGGCUCAAAUAAUGAGGAGGCUGUUGUUUUGGUGGAUGAGGAGGAACCUGAGCUUCUUGAGAGACAACAAGAAGCUAAAGAACUACUGUCAAGGUCUAACGAGGGAAAGAUCUAUUAUCCAUCUAGGGAGGAUCCUGAAUCUCUUGAAAUAUUUCGCGCAGAAUUGAAAUGCCUAGAACCUGGAGAGUGCUUGACUUCGACUAUUAUGAACUUUUAUGUAAGAUAUCUCCAGGAACUGUGCUCUUCUGCCGAUACACCUCAGCAUGGUUUCUAUUUUUUCAAUACAUACUUUUACAGCAAGCUCCAAGAGGCUGUGGCAUACCAGAAGAGUGACAAGGAAGCUUUCUUCAUGAAGUUUAGGAGGUGGUGGAAAGGUGUCAAUAUAUUUCAGAAGGCAUAUAUAUUUCUUCCUAUAAAUGAUGACAAUCAUUGGAGCUUGGUGAUAAUAUGCAUCCCUGAUGAGGAAGAUGAAUCAGGACCAAUCAUACUUCAUCUAGAUUCGUUGGGAUUGCACUCUAGUAGUUUGAUCUUUGAUAAUAUUAAAAGUUUGUUGAAAAAUGAGCGGGACAUUUUAAAUGAAGAUGUUGGUGCUGCUAAUGUCCCCAUAAGUGACAGGAUAUGGAAAAAUCUUCCCCGAAGAAUUGAGCAGAAAAUUAUCACGGUUCCUCGUCAGACUAAUGAUUAUGAUUGUGGUCUUUUUGUGCUGUACUACAUGGAGCGCUUCAUUCAACAGGCACCUGAAAGGCUGAGGAAGCAAGAUCUAUCUAUGUUUGGUAAGAACUGGUUCAAACCUCAGGAGGCCUCGAGUUUGAGAGGAAAAAUCAAAAGGAUACUCCAAGAGGAAUUCCACAAGGCACUAAGAAACGACAAAUGUACCUGGGAACCCGUGUCAUUGUCUGCAACUGCUGAAAAAAUAGAUCGCACUGAAAUUACAUGACAAAUGAAACAUAUUGCUGUGUCCCUAUACUUGGUAUUGACUAAUUGCUGCAGAGUGAAGUUCAGAGCUUUCUUUCCCUAAUACCUACGACUUACAGUGCCAACGAGGGUAAUGAUGCAUAGGAGCUGCACAUACAUUAUCUAGUUAAACUUUGUAUAGAUUAGAUUAGAAGUAGGGUCCUGUUCAUGACCCCAUCAUUAAAUUGUAGAAAGUUGUGGGGAGGAUAUAAGCCAGAGGCGGGUUUUUUCAAAGGUUUUCUUGUCAAAUGUACAGAAUCUGGAGAAAUUCUGUAAUCAACAAUGUUGGCCUGUGAAAGUCAUCUUAGCUUCAUUCACCAGUAGCAUCUAUCAUGCUCUUAUAUUUUUGUAUAGAAGAUUUUUGGAGCAAGAGGUAAUAAAAAUGGUGUCAUUUGCUUCGUUGCUCAGCAGAA